UAUGACUAUGAGGAUGUGAUCAGGAUGUCGAUAUGGUUUUAUGAAGCUCAGAGAUCUGGUGAACUGCCAGCAGACAAUAGGAUACCAUUCCGUGGAAAUUCAGCACUUGAUGAUGAAGGGCAUGAGGAAGAAGACCUUUCUGGAGGCUGGUAUGACGCCGGUGAUUAUGUGAAAUUCAACCUGCCAAUGGCUUCAGCAACCACAUUACUACUGUGGGGUAUGGAGAGAUAUAAAGAUUCUUAUGUCGCUACUGGUCAAUUGGACAAGAUGUACGACUCUAUCAGGUGGCCACUCGACUAUUUCCUGAAAUGCUGGAUUCCAGAGAAGAACUAUUAUUAUUAUCAGGUUGGCGAUCCUGUUGCAGAUCAUGCUUACUGGGGUCGGGCUGAAGAUAUGAAUAUGGACAGACCAGCAUUUAAACUAACAACAAGCUCCCCUGGAAGUGACGUAGCUGGUGAAACUGCUGCUUCAUUGGCUGCUGGUUCGAUAGUGUUCAAAACCGAAGAUAGUGCCUAUUCUGAAGAACUGUUAACUGCUGCUCGAGGUUUAUAUACCUUCGCCAAAACAUACCAGGGCAAAUAUCCACUGUACAACUUUUAUGUUUCGAGUGGUUACAGAGAUGAACUAUGUCUUGCUGCUAUAUGGUUAUAUAAAGCUACCGGAGAAUCAUCCUAUCUUAAUGAUGCUAAGUCGUUUGUUUCUGCUGGUGUUCCUUGGGCUUUAUCCUGGGAUAGUAAGGACGCUGCCUGUCAGUUGCUACUGUUUGAGGAAACCAGAGACAGUAUUUAUCAAACUAAUGUUGAGAAUUUUAUGGAUGGUUGGGUAUCUGGUAGUAGUGUACCCUAUACCACUUGUGGACUGGCUUUCAGAGAUGGCUGGGGAUCACUUAGAUAUUCUGCCAAUGCGGCCUUCCUGGGUCUACUGGCAGCAGAAGAUGGUAUUAAGUCUACUGUAUAUAGAGAAUGGGCGAUUGGUCAGGUCAACUAUAUGUUAGGUGACAAUAAAUUAGAUAAGAGUUAUGUUAUUGGAUAUUCUAACAAUUUUCCUACCAACCCACAUCAUGCUUCCAGCUCCUGUCCAUCUCCACCAGCUACCUGUGACUGGUCAACCUAUAAUUCACAACAACCCAAUGCCUUUGUUCUAUACGGAGCUCUAGUCGGAGGACCUGAUAUAAAUGAUAACUAUGUUGAUGACAGAAAGAAAUAUGAAUAUACAGAAGUUACCUGUGAUUAUAACGCUGGUUUCCAAUCAGCUGUAGCAGGUGAGAUAUAA